AUGGACCCAAAUCCGGUAAUCGAUGUAAAGAAUGUCCAAGGUGACAUUUGGCCCGGCCUACCCAAGAGAUAUGAAAGCUUCCUAUUUUUCAAAAUCAGAAAACCGGAGGAGUUUAAGGAGCGCUUAAAGAGUUUUAUCGACUCCAUCACAACCGCGGAACGUGCCUGUGAGAUGAAGAAGAUCAUUCGCGAAGAGCAACAGGCAGCCGACAAUGCAGGAAGAAUUCGUGAGAUUAAGGCAUUACCGGGAAUCAACAUUUCCUUUUCUUCCACGGGGCUCGAAGCUUUAGGCAAGUUUCAUUUUGAUGAGAAGGCAGUCAAGAAGGACCGGAACUUGUACAGGGAGUUUCGUGAGAACCAGCUUCGUGGUGGACUGUUCCAGAAGGGCAUGUAUGACGACCUUGUGAACGAGGGUUGGGAUGACCCUCAGGAGAUCCGUCAGGAAUACCAGCCCAUCGGUCGCAAAAAGCAACGGUUGAUUGAUGGAGUAAUCCUGGUGACUUCUAGCCUUGAAGGGGAAUUGAAGGCCGAGGUUAAGCGCGCGAAGGAACACUUCCUCCAUGCGCCUAGCGGUGCUACCAUUGACAUAGUCCUGACUAGAGAGGGUAAGACCCGACCCGACAAGGGAAAGGAGCACUUUGGAUUCGAAGACGGUAUAAGUCAGCCAAAGAUGAAAGGCGUGGACCUGGAGCCCACUGGAGACAAGGAACCGAGAUCUGUUUUGCCAGGCUUAAUACUUGUUGGUCACGAUGGAGACAAGAUGGAUCAGCCCAAAUGGGCAAAGGAUGGCAGCUUCCUUGUGUUCCGUGAUCUUCAGCAACUCGUUCCUGAGUUUGACAGGUUCUUGGAAGAAAAUGCCAACAAGGUCCCGUCAACACCAGAGUCUCCCGCAACUAAAGAGAAGCUUGCAGCGUACCUGAUGGGGAGAUGGAAGAAAGGAACCCCGGUUGAUUUAAACCCUCACCACGACAAUGAUGAAUCUCUCUACCGGACGAACAAUUUUGACUAUCACCCCAUCGAGGAGCACAGGUGCCCCUUUGCAGCACAUACGCGGAAGAUGAGACCACGGAAGGACCUUAAUGAUGACCAUGCUGUUAUUCUUCGUCGUGGAAUUGCCUAUGGAGACGAAGUUACGCAAGAAGAAAAGAAAGCUCGGAAGUCUGACGAUUCGAAGGAACGUGGCCUCCUCUUUGUUUGCUACCAAAGCGAUAUCCGUAGCGGAUUCAAUUUCUUAACCACUCGCUGGGCGAGCAACCAUCACUUCCCUGACCGCAAAGCCAAGUUCCUUGGUGGUCAUGGUCCCGGUAUCGAUGCCAUCGUGGGCCAAAGGCUAUCUCACCACCCACCUCGCUCCAUCGGCCUUCCAGGUGGCGAGGACCCAGCCCAGAGCCGCCUUGAUCUGGAUCGAUGGGUUAUCCACCGGGGUGGUGAAUACUUUUUCACACCUUCCAUCACUGCGUUGAAGGGCUACUUGACGUCUCCUCCAGCCAAUCCUGCAUCCAAACUUUAA